AUGAGCACCCGCACACCGCUGGAGUGUUCCGCCGUGUCCGCGGGUUACGGGGCCCGCCUCGGUGAUGACUUGGAAACACUCAUGUUCCACGUGACCUCGGAAGCCGAAGGCUUGGGAAGCCGAGUUUUUGCGAAGCGCCUGGACAAGAAUGGCGAAGGCUGGACCUUGGAUUUGAAGAUCAGAUGCCGGCCGCUAGCAGUGCGCUCUGCUCCCAUUCAGAACGCGCUCCAACAGUCACUUGAGGAGUUUCUGUACAAUCUCGACUCGUUGAACCAGUCAAACUUUGAUUUCGCUCUGCCGGCGCAAGCACUCACCCGGAAGGUCUGUGAUAGUCAGAAGCAAGUCAACAACCAGGACUUCCAAGAGGAGUACACAGACGUUUCCUCAGUGCGAUGGUGUCAAGAGCUUUGCCGACAGAGUGUGGCGUGCCUCUCGCUCCAGUACGAUGAGACGACCAAGCGCUGCGAGUUGACCUGCUCGCCGGAGUCGGAGGGCGCCUGGUUGCAGACGAGCCAGAGCCGGAAGAGCCGGAAGAGCCGGAGCUUGGAUCUCGCGGAUACUGCCCUGAAGUUGGCAGGUCUGCAGAACUACCUGACAAAGAGCGUGGCUUGCGAGGUCGGGUCUGCGCCUCAGGGUGCUCUUCGGGCCGGACCUUCUGCAGAACAACACCCUGCUUACGCAAACGUCGGCUUUAACCUGGCUGGACUCCGAGGGACAUGGCUUCAAAAAGCCCGCCGUGCACAGCCGUGCCUAUGA